AUGAGUUACUGGAGCCUUGAGAAGAGGAACUGUGUGCAAUAUCGGCGGCAUUUCUUAGCGGAUAACAGCGUGUUUCAUGUUGAAAGAUGCAUGAGCGUGAUGCAGUCUGGGACCCAGAUGAUCAAGCUGAAGCGUGGGAGCAAAGGCCUCGUGCGGCUCUUUUACCUGGAUGAGCGCCGCGCCCGGCUGCGUUGGCGGCCCUCCCGGAAAAGCGAGAAGGCAAAAAUAAUUAUCGAUUCGAUUUACAAAGUCACCGAGGGCCGGCAAUCCGAGAUCUUCCACCGACAGGCUGAAGGGAACUUUGACCCGAGCUGCUGUUUCACCAUCUACCAUGGAAACCACAUGGAGUCACUGGAUCUCAUCACUUCCAACCCCGAGGAGGCGAGGACGUGGAUCACUGGCUUGAAGUACCUGAUGGCUGGAAUCAGUGAUGAAGACUCUCUUGCCAAACGAAGGAGAACCCACGACCAGUGGGUGAAACAGACCUUUGAGGAGGCUGACAAGAAUGGGGACGGCUUAUUGAACAUUGAAGAAAUCCACCAACUGAUGCAUAAACUCAAUGUGAACCUGCCUCGCAGAAAAGUCCGGCAGAUGUUUCAGGAAGCCGACACUGAUGAGAACCAGGGAACUCUGACGUUUGAAGAGUUCUGUGUUUUUUACAAAAUGAUGUCGCUGAGACGAGACCUCUACUUGCUGCUCUUGAACUACAGUGACAAGAAGGACCACUUAACCGUGGAAGAGCUGGCCCAGUUUCUGAAAGUGGAACAAAAGAUGGCCAAUGUGACACCAGAAUAUUGUCUUGACAUCAUAAAGAAGUUUGAAGUUUCAGAAGAAAAUAAGGAGAAAAAUGUCCUUGGCAUAGAAGGUUUUACAAACUUCAUGAGGAGUCCUGCCUGUGAUGUCUUUAACCCCUCACACUCUGAAGUGUUCCAAGACAUGGACCAACCCCUCUGCAACUAUUACAUUGCCUCCUCUCACAACACAUACCUGACUGGUGACCAGCUGCUCUCCCAGUCCAAGGUGGACAUGUAUGCUCGCGUGCUGCAAGAAGGUUGUCGCUGUGUGGAAGUUGACUGUUGGGAUGGUCCAGAUGGAGAGCCAGUGGUCCACCAUGGUUAUACUCUCACUUCAAAGAUCCUCUUCCGAGAUGUUGUGGAGACUAUCAACAAAACUGCCUUUGUGAAGAAUGAGUUCCCAGUGAUUUUGUCCAUUGAGAAUCACUGCAGCAUCCAACAGCAGAAGAAGAUUGCUCGAUACCUAAAGGAAAUAUUCAGUGACAAACUGGACUUGUCAUCUAUCGACACUGGAGAUUCCAAGCAGCUUCCCAGCCCACAGAGUUUGAAAGGAAAAAUUUUAGUGAAGGGUAAGAAGCUACCCUACCACCUUGGAGAAGAUGCAGAAGAAGGUGAAGUUUCAGAUGAAGAUAGUGCUGAUGAAAUUGAAGACAACUGCAAAUUUAAGCUCCAUUAUAAUAAUGGGACAACUGAUCAUCAAGUGGAAUCUUUCAUAAGGAAAAAAUUGGAAUCACUAUUAAAAGAAUCUCAAAUCAGGGACAAAGAAGACGCUGACAGUUUCACUGUUCGAGCUCUGUUGAAGGCUACGCAUGAAGGCUUAAAUGUACAUCUGAAGCAGAAUCCAGAUGUGAAAGAAAGUGGAAGGAAAUCUCAUGGACGGUCCCUAAUGAGUAAUUUUGGAAGACAUAAGAAAACGACAAAGACAAGGUCCAAGUCUAAUAGCACUGAUGACGAUGAGGAAGCACAGCAUAAUUCUUCUGGAAGGGAAGGUGGCCAGCUCUACAGGCUUGGCCGCAGAAGGAAAACCAUGAAGCUGUGCCGGGAUCUCUCAGAUUUAGUUAUCUACACCAAUUCAGUGGCAGCCCAAGACAUAGUGGAUGAUGGGACAACAGGAAAUGUGUUAUCCUUCAGUGAAACGAGAGCCCAUCAGGUGGUCCAACAAAAGUCAGAGCAGUUCAUGAUUUAUAACCAAAAGCAGCUGACCAGGAUCUACCCGUCUGCCUACAGGAUUGAUUCUAGUAACUUCAACCCGCUACCAUAUUGGAAUGCUGGCUGCCAACUAGUUGCCCUGAACUACCAAUCCGAAGGGCGCAUGAUGCAGCUGAAUCGGGCCAAAUUCAAGAUGAACGGCAACUGUGGCUAUGUCCUCAAACCCCAGCAGAUGUGUAAAGGUACGUUCAACCCUUUCUGUGGCGAUCCACUGCCCGCCAACCCUAAAAAACAGCUCAUUCUGAAAGUGAUUAGCGGCCAGCAGCUCCCAAAACCACCAGACUCCAUGCUAGGAGACCGUGGUGAGAUCAUUGACCCAUUUGUUGAAGUGGAAAUCAUUGGGCUGCCUGUAGAUUGUUGCAAAGAACAAACUCGAGUGGUGGAUGACAAUGGAUUUAACCCUGUUUGGGAAGAGACACUGACAUUUACCAUACACAUGCCGGAUAUAGCUUUGGUUCGGUUUCUGGUUUGGGAUCAUGACCCCAUUGGAAGAGACUUCGUUGGACAAAGAACGGUGACUUUCAGUAGCCUUGUGCCUGGCUACCGUCAUGUCUACUUGGAAGGGCUGACAGAAGCAUCCAUAUUUGUUCAUAUAACAAUCAAUGAAAUCUAUGGCAAGUGGAGCCCUUUAAUCCUCAACCCCAGUUAUACCAUAUUGCAUUUUCUAGGAGCUACAAAGAAUAGACAACUGAUAGGCCUGAGGGGCCUGUUUAAUAAGAACCCCAAACACAGUUCUUCAGAAAACAAUUCCCAUUAUGUCCGCAAGCGAUCCAUCGGUGAUCGGAUUCUGCGCCGCACGGCUAGUGCUCCAGCAAAGGGCCGAAAGAAGAGCAAAAUGGGUUUCCAAGAACUGAUGGAAACAAAGGACAGUGUGUCUGAGGUGACUGGCUCGAGAGAGAAAGAUGGCGUUCUCCGCAGAACCACAAGAAGUUUACAAGCUCGCCCAGUUUCUAUGCCGGUUGACAAAAGUCUUCUGGGGGGAUUGUCCCUCCCCACGCUUGAAUCAGCCAAAGAAACUGAAGGCAAAGAAAAUGCACUUGCAGAAAAUAAGGCCAAUACAGAAAGUGGAAAAUCCAAUGCAAAAGAGCAAAGCUCGACAAAUCUUGAUAAAAAGCUGUCUUCACCCUCUGCAACUCUCCACAAAAAUGGCAGCCAGGUGGAUCCCGUUGUCUCUCUUGUUAAUAAUGCACCACCCUUAGAAGAAGAGUCAGGAGCCCUAAACUAUCACAGUGGGAAAGCCCAAUCACAUGUGCCCAUUGACCUUCAAAAAAAUCUGUCUCCCAAACAACUUGUUUCACCAAGACAACAAAUGGGUAUUAAAACUGCCAGGGACCUAUGCUGUACUAUAAACGAUAAAGGAACAAGGGAAAAUGGAAAGGCUUUUCCUUCAGAAACAAAUAGAACAUUGUUAGGAAAUGCCUCUUCUCAGAGUGAGCUGGAGAUUCUUAAUGUCAAGGAAGUCAAUCGAGUGGCAAGCAAUGUUGUGACAUCCUUUUCUUUGAUAGAUGUUUCUGCCAUUUGCUCUGAUGGGCAUGACUUACAUUCCACUGCAAUUAUGCAGGACAGUGAAAUUUCACAACUUAUUGACAAUGUCACAUUAACAAAUGAGAGUGAACUUGGCAGUUCAAUCUCAGCACUGAUUAGCCAGUUUGAUGCUACCAAGGAUCAAACAAACCUCAGAGCUGUUUCUAGAUUUCAAGGUACCAGUGGUCAGACUUACAGCGUAAUGUCAGGACAUCCCUCCUUGCUCACUACUGACCUAAAAAUACCCCUCAAAAAUAACUUUUCUAAGUCAAAGCCUCUGUGGUCAUCUCAGCAUUCAUCACCCGAGACAACUGUCUGCUCUAGCCCUGAGACAACAGAGUAUUCCACAUACACCAUCAUUCAUGAGGCAGCUCUCACUCCAGUCACUGGGUCCAAGUUCGUCGAUGAACCUAACGUCAAGACCAAGUUCCAUGCCUCAGAAGGUGGCAUUGCUCAUCCAUCUCCGUUAACUAAAAGUCCCCAGAAGAAUUGUGGAAGGGGUUGGGAAAACGGUGCCAUUUGUGGUAUUUCCACUUCUAAUGAUUUGACAAUAGAUGGUAUAAUUGAUCAUACCCUUUGUCAAAAUUCUGGAGAGAGCAGUCUAGUAGAAAUUGAUGAAGAUUCACAUGAUCUCUUGGUAACAACCCAUGAGUAUAAGAGAGAGGAUAUGAGUCAACUUGCUUCCCCUUUGAAACUAAAGCAUUGUCAGGAAAUGGAUUCACCCUGUCCAAGAAACUCUGGAAAUGGCUUCCUACAUCCAUCUACGCUCAAACUUUCCAGCCACGUUCAAAUGCUAAAAAACCGAAGUAUUUCUUGUCCGGCUUAUCAGAGUGCUGACUUUGUGUGUAAUAAUUAUUUCCAGUGUUCAAAUCCCGCAAACAACGCAGCUUGUCUACCCCCGGGGUCUGAUCCUCAGGGUCUGCAGCAAUCAGCAUGUCCUUCUUUACAAGCUCGGAAACAGCCUAGCCCUUGCAAAUCCAAAAGCCUGGGAGAUUUGACAUCAGAUGAUAUCUCUUGCAAUUUUGAAAGCAAAUACCAGUGCAUAAGUAAAAGCUUCAUUACAGCCGGACUGCGAGACAAGAAGGGUGUGACCUUAAAAGCAAAAGGGAUGGAGUCUGUGGAUGCUCUGACAGAACAACUCCGAAAACUUGUGUCCUUUGACCAGGAGGACAGCUGUCAAGUGCUGUGCCCAAGGCCAGAUGAGAGGGAAUACCCCAAGGCGCUGGUCCGAAAGCUGUCAUCCCGAAGCCAGAGUCGUGUUCGAAACAUUGCCAGCCGUGCCAAGGAAAGACAAGAAGCCGGCAAGCAGAGGUCUUUGGCCUCCAGCAGUGUUGGAGGAGUGGUCCUGAGAAACAAGUCCACUGUAUCUGCCCAGGUGGUGAACAGGCAUUCCACUGGAUCUUACAUUGCAGGGUAUCUGAAAAACCUCGAAGGCCGUGGUAUUCCCGAAGGGGCAUGCGCUUCUCUUUUCAAUGGAUAUGUAGACCAGUUUUGCACAGAUGAUUCAAUCCUCCAGACUGAGCCAAGUGUAGAGGACAAACCAGAAAUUUAUUUCCUCUUGAGACUAUAAAUGGUGUAGACCUGUCUUUUUAGUGUGUACAAGGAAGGUAUCCCUUAGAGCUCCAGAUAUUGCUUGUUUUUGUUGUGCUAUCUUUGGCUCUGGAAUGAUUGAGAAGGGGAUUUUUUGAGUUCCAGUACUGGUCUCCUUUGAUUGAAGAUGGUCCUCUCGUGGACGAUUAUGUAAAUAGAUGCUGUGUUAUUUUCCCAAGGUUUCCUGAGUCUUUUUUUCAAUGUUGUAAAAAUGUAUCAGUCUUGGAAUAGAUGCAUGCCUGCCAUCGAUAUGAAGGUUCCACAUGGGCCAGAUUCAUAACCCGUGUGCUUUUGUAACUAAAUGCUUCUCUCCCUCUGUGCACGCCUUCAGAACCCAGCAACCAACAUAAUUCCUUGUCUGCUUCCUCGACCCCCAACUGUGGAGAUGUUAAGGCAAAAGUCUGAAAAAAAAUCUACUGUCUUUCUUUAAAUUUUUUUUUCAGCUCUCCGAAUUUUAUUUUAUUUUUCGUGUUUGUUGAGGAGGACAGAUACCUCUUUCGAUUUCUAUGAAUAUUGUAAUUUAGCACCUGAGGUGAAGGAGCAAAGCCAACCACUUUACCCUGGUUAGAUUUUCAUUUACCCCGAUUCUGGGUGGGAAAGUCCCCACAAACUAGUAACUGGCUUUUGUGUUUUCUUUUGUUUUUCUUUUUCCAUCUGUUUUGGAGUAGGAAUGAGGAGGGGGGAAGGGAAAGAGAAUGAAGAUAUUCUGUACAUAAGGAUAGGAAAAUAUUUGUUUCACAUAAAUUUUGUUACAUAUUUUUGCUACAGGCUUUGUAUGUGACGAACUCAAUCACAAAGAUAUUUGCUGUACUUUGUAAUUUUCAGACUAAUUGUUCGAUUGGAAGUACCAACUUUACAGGGAAGAGGGGGGCUUGAAUUAUACUAUAAUAAUAAUAAUAAUAAUAAUAAUAAUAAUAAUAAAAGAUAGCAUAACAAUUCCCAACAUCUCAAAAAAUAUUUUCUCAAUAAUAUUGAAGGCCAAGUGAACUGGUCAUUAAAAAUGGCUUCCCAUUAUGGAUCCAUAACUUGGCUAUAUUUUUAAUACCAAUAUGCUUUGCUUUCACUGUGAACACAUUUCUGAUUGUAUGUUCAA